UGAAUUGGCAACAGGUCAAAUAGCAAAACAAAGCUCCAUUUACUCUUGCACUUCUGAUAAUUGUCAUAACUUCGUGGCGGGAAACGCCAUAGAUGGUAACAUCAGUACCUGCAUGAGAGGGAAUGUUGUUCAAAAUUCAUUCGACUGGUGGCAAGUGGACCUCGGAAAUAUACACAGCGUGUACAUGAUACGGAUAUUGUUCAGAGAUUACGAGGAAUCCGGCGAUUAUGUGAAGAGACAAAGAGGACGGAUGGCUGGAUUCUCCCUGUAUUUAUCAAACACAUCAAAAAUUAAAGAUGGAUUACUUUGUUACAAAGAUGGACCUGGAUUACCUCCGUUGAAUUUCACCACCGAUUGUGUGGGAUUUGGUCGAUUCGUCACUUUUUACAACGAGCGAUGGUUAUCAAAGACUUAUCCAGAUGAUUACUUCUCUGUGUUGACUGAAUUAUGUGAAGUAAACGUUCAAGGUUGUAAUGCCUCGUAUAAGUAUGGUUCAGAAUGUAAUCUACCUUGCCCGAAGAAUUGUCAAGAUCGACAUUGUUACAUUACAAAUGGAACCUGCUUAGGAUGCAAUUCUGGAUGGACGGGAGAAACGUGCAAUAAAUCAUGUGCCCCUGGAUCAUAUGGAAUUGAGUGUAAACACCACUGCAAAGGACACUGUAUGAACAAUGUACCUUGUAAUCACACAACCGGUAAAUGUGACAGGGAGUGCGAGUAUGGAUGGUUUGGAAUAUAUUGUAACGAAGUUUGUCCUGUUGGAACAUACGAUGUACAUUGCCGGAAGAACUGUAGUGGAAAUUGUUGGAACGGUAGUAACUGUAAUGUUGUGACAGGGAAGUGUGAUUAUGGAUGUAGGCCAGGUUAUCUUGGAGAGUAUUGCAAAGAAGAGUGUUCACAAGGACUGUUCGGAAAUGCAUGUAACAAUAAUUGCAGUGGUCAAUGCUUACAUGUAAACAAUGAAACUUGCCAUCAUGUUGAUGGAGUUUGUCUUAAAGGAUGUAACAACGGAUUCCAUGGGAAAUUUUGCGACAGAAUUUGUCCUUCCGGUCAGUUUGGAUUCAAUUGCUCAAAAACCUGUUCCAGAAAUUGUAUGGACAACUGUUCGCAUACAGAAGGCUCAUGUACAUGCGCACCCGGUUGGAUGGGCUCCCCAAAUUGCACAACAAAAUGUGCAUCUGGGAUGUAUGGAAUAAACUGCCAGUUCACAUGCAGUGGACAUUGUGCACAUGAAAAAAUCUGUAGUAGAUUUGAUGGACAUUGUCCAAUGGGUUGUAAGUCACCAUAUGUUGGACUGACCUGUGACUAUACGAGCAAUGUACUCAGCAUAUCAGUUUCUAUAAGUUCAACAGGGGCUCUUGCAUGUGUUGUAUAUUUAAUCGUCAAAAGAUGUAUAUUCAACACAAACAAGAAACAAAGUAGUACUUCCACCCUAAAGGAAGAAUCAAAAGUGGAACAGUCAGGGGCAGAUACAAAUAAAGACAGAGUAUCUUAUCAGCAAUUGAGCGAAAUCGAGAACAAGAAUUAUGAAGAAUUGAAAAUUGAGGGAAAUCCUUACGUUGAGUUACCCUAAGUACCUGGAUAUAAACUUGAAGACAUACAAGCAAUUCCUUACAAGCUAUUUAAUACCUUAUAUAUUAUAGACAGUGUAAACUGAAUUUAAUUUUGUGUGUGAUUGUUAUAAUGCAUGUGUUCAGCAAACAAGUACUUUUAGGUACAUCUGUAGUAAAAAAGAUUACCCAUUGAAUACUGUUCGUUAUUUCUGUAAGUUUCAUCUUCAAGUACAUGUACCCAUUUUGUACAAACAAAGUUAAGUUGAUUAUUUCUAUUAUAAUACAUUUUAACUUAGCAAUUGUACAAGAAUACACGUCAAUCAAAUUACG